AUGUUUGAAAAAAAGAUAAUAACAAUUACAAAUGCAUUUAGUAAACAAGGAUUGGGAGUUGUUUAUGCAUUAUUGUCAAGUGGAAAGUUUAAAGUUAGAGCUUUGACUCGUAGAAAUGGAACGGUUGAAGGAGAGGCAUUGAUCAAGAAAUAUGGUAGAGAAAAUGUAGAGAUUUGUAUCAUUUCUGAUCAAUCAUUGGAUUCUUUGACCAAAGCAUUAAAUGGAGCACAUGGAGUAUUUGUCAUUACAACUGUAUCACAUCAAGAUCCAAAGUGUUUGGAAAUUGAAUUGAAUAGUGUCAAGAGAAUUGCCGAUAUUGCCGUCCAAAGCAAGGUCAAACAUAUCAUCUUUAGUUCACUAGACAAACCAUCGGAUCAAGCCAUCAAAGAAUUUAAAGAAUAUUUAAUUUGGACUCCACGUACUCUAGCUGAAGAGUAUAUCAAGACAUUGCCAAUUCAUAGUAGUUUUAUAUCGAUUGCCUUUUUCUUUUCAAACUUUUUGGAAUCUUUUCCACCCACCGUCAAUGAAUCUGGUGUCACUGUAUUCUCAUUACCAGAUACACCAGGUGAUCAAUUACUUCCAUAUGCCGAUUCUCUAGUAACUCCAGGUCUUGCUGUUAGAGAUUUGUUUGUUCAAUUUAUCGAAUCUCCAGAGACAUUUGAAAAUGGUCAACAUUUACAAAUUGUUAGUGAAUACUUGUCUGGUAAUCAAAUGGCUGAAAUCUUUCAAAGAGUUACUGGCAAGAAAGCAAUUUACAAGAGAGCAGAAGCCAAAGAAUAUAUUGAAAAGAUGAAGAAAUCUGGAUUUGAAAGAAAGGCAAGAUACAAUUUGGCAGUUUACCAAUACCCUGCCAAAUACAACUAUUUUGACACCAACAAUCCAAUCUAUCAACCCUCCUCCUCCUCUGCCAAUACCAUUGAAACUUAUGAACAUUUCCUUAGACAUUGUGGUUGGAAAGGUGAAUCUUCAAAUGAUUUUAAAUCAAAAUUAUUAUCUUCUUAUGGUUAUUUAUAA